AUGCAAAUGAGAGAUCUAUCAAGAGAGCAAAAUCUGAAGCAGAAGGGCACGCUCCCGAGUGACACAAUUGCAAAUGCAAAAGGUUGUGGGAGUGGUCCGACUUCUCAUUGUAUGGAAAUCACAACUCGAAGUGGGAAACUACUUCAAGGAGAGAACGAACAAGUGGUCCAAGUGGAAUAUUCUGAAGAAGAAGUUGAGGCACAAGCUGAGCAAUUAUCGGUGAACAUUUCAUUUGUGGAAGCAUUUCAAGAAAUGCCGGGUUUUGGUAAGUACAUGAAGGACUUGAUCACUAAAAAGAGAACCACCAAGAAUGAAGUGGUGAAUGUGACUCACCGGAUUAGUUCCAUUAUUGCAACAACCACCAUCCAAAGGAAAGAGGACCAGGGAGCCUUCACCAUUUCAUGCACUAUUGGGUUGCGCAAUUUUGCACGAGCCCUUUGUGAUAAUAGGGAUAGCAUCAACUUAAUGCCUCUUGCUAUUUACAAGCAAGCGGGGUUGGGUAAGCCUAGGUCUACAAGUAUGAGGUUGCAAAUGGCCGACCGUUCAAUAAAGAGACCAGUGGGAAUUGUUGAUGAUGUUCUUGUGAAAGUGGGGAAGUUUCUCCUCCUUGCCGACUUUGUUAUUCUCGAGUGUUCUGUUGAUAAAGAAAUCCCUAUCAUCUUACUACCGAAGAGCACUCAUGAAUUCGGAAGAAAAUGA